GAAGUGAAUUGAUUACAGAUUAAAGAUAAGAAUGCUGAAAGUACAUACUGAUAUUGAAAUAGGCCAGACAAAGAAAGAGAUAAAGUGUCCAUUCUGUGUAGCUAUAAGAGGAGACAUAUAUUAAUAUUGUUCUUAAUAAAUGGAGCCAGAGGAAGUAGAUUAUACAGCCAGUCUUUUAGACUAUAUAUUUUAAAUUCUUUACUGAUCUACUGUAUAAUCAGGCUAUAGCUGACAGUUGAAAUGCAUGCAGUUGAAAUGCAUACCACUGUCCUCUGCAGGUGAUGUGACGUCUGAAUAAGUAUGGGAGAGAAGGUGGGUAACGCGGAGGUGUUGGUGGGGGGUACAUGGCACCAGGCUCGCCUCACACUCGAGGGCGACCUGCUCUUUGUCACACUCACGGACCUCGACGACCUCAACCUGCAAGGUUCAGAUGGGGAAGGAGGCCCCAGUGACGUCCCUGAGCCAAUAGCCAGCCAGAAGCGGGUCGUUCAAAUAUGCAAGUCAGACAACAAUGGCCUCGGAAUAUCUAUUAAGGGUGGACGUGAGAACAAGAUGCCCAUCCUCAUUUCCAAAAUCUUUAAGGGAAUGGCUGCAGACUUGACCGAGAACCUUUACGUGGGUGAUGCCAUCCUAUCCGUCAAUGGUGAAGACCUCAAAGAAGCCACACACGAUGAGGCCGUCCGUGCCCUCAAACGAGCAGGCAAAGUUGUUACAUUAGAAGUUGUGCCGUCCUUCUACAUUACAGUUAAAUACCUGCGUGAGGUGACACCAUACUUCCGCAAGGCCUCUGUCAUGGCUGAUAUUGGCUGGGAACUUCAGUCAGGAUUCCUAGGUGCAGAAAAUGGGUUCCUGAACAGUGACGAGGACCGCAGCUCUCCUGUCAUGACCAAUGGACCUGACACACGCUCGCUGCCGUUGCUCUUCUGUCACUUGACCCGAAAUUACAAAUGUGAUGAGCAGUACAGCUUAGAACUGCACUCGCCUGACCGCCUGCACAGCCUCAUGAUAAAGUGUCCAUCAGAAGCAGACAUUACUGGGUGGUACAAUGCCCUCCACUCCACUCUGGAUCGCCUCAUGCAGUCGGCCCUUCAGCACGCCAACAAGAUGCUAGGCGAUGUCCUUGAUAAAGCCACCAUACACCACAUAGGCUGGCUCAAGCUAAAGGUGGACCAGGGCAAAGAGGAGUGGGAACCUCAGUUCUGUGCUGUCACAGACCACGAUAUGAUCCUCUUUCAGGAAGUUCCCUGGACAAAAGAAGCUUGGGCAAACCCCCUUGUUUUUUACCCGCUUCUCGCAACUAGAAUUGUCAACUCGACACAUAAAGGAUCUCUGGGAGGCAGUGAGCCCAUCACGAUGACUAUGCGGUGUGGCACCCAGGAGGGCGUGUGCACAAGUGUCUUUCGGCAUGAUACGCAGCGCGACCUGGCCACUUGGGUUAAGGUGCUAGUCCAGGGAGCACACAAUGCUGUGCAAAGACAGAAGGAAGUUGCUUGCUAUUGUGAGUGGAGGGGAGUCGAAGCCAAGCUAGUCCUACAUCAUGAGGACGGCUUCACGCUGCUCUCAACCCAUGAUGCAGCAGGUGGGCGAGGACGUGUUCUAUGGACGCAGCCCUUCCACAAACUAGUCAUGAGCUCAGACGAUGGAGCGAGACUCAUCUGGUUGCGCUUUGACGGGGACAUGGAAGUUGAGCUGGACCUAAAAACCAACCCCAAGCCAUUCGUGUUCAUCCUGCACACCUUCCUGUCAGCCAAGGUUCACCAACAGUCCCUCUCCUGACGUAAGCUGGACCAAAAGACCUGGACACGACCAUCAGUCACAGGGCCAUCUGAUGCUAGUAGCAAAGCUGAAGCCCUUGACCAAUCCAAUCCUCCCCAACCAAACACGAGAAGCUUGUCAAGCCAAGCUGGGGCAACCCAAGCCAGCACAAGUCAAGCCAGUGCAAGCAAAGGAGGGAAAGCCCCCCCUUCCUCUUCGCCAGGAAGACCAUCCGCCCAGAUUGAGCCCGGAGCAGCUGCCGCCCUCCAGCCCGAGCCACGGUCACAGCUGAAAACUUCCAAGGGCCAGGCUGACCUCAAGAGUGUUGCCGCAGCCAAAGGAACUAAAAUCAACUGGUGCGCAAGUUAAGAAUGGUCAAUGCCUAGUAAUCCAAUUUUAUUUUAAGGUUGGCCAUUUAUUCAAAGGUAAAAGAAGUUUAGUAAAAGUGAUUUUUUUAAUGAGAGUGCUAAGACCAAGAAUAUUACAUUAUCCCCAAGACGAAAGAUGCCGUGAAGGGGCGAACCUUCUACUCCUUUCCUCGUUUCUCAUUCUUUGAUCAAAGUGAAUACUGAAAAUAAGAAACUAAGUCAUGAGUCUUGGAAUAGGAAAUGAGAGAUUAAACAGCCUCCAUGUGGUUUAUUUUUUGUUUCAUAGUAUAAGGAUUAGUGAACUAGUUUCUUUUCUUUCCCUUCUUUCUUUCUUUCUUUUUUAUAUGUAAAUGUUAUGCACUGUUCUGUAUAUACACACUUGUAAUAUAGAGACAUGUUCACAUUUAGUUACAUCAGACUCACACAUAUAAAUGAAUUAUUAUUUACAUAGUUGUUAGAUGAAAAGUAUAUAGGAUUAUUUUUGUGUGUUAAGGGCUGGUUAGCACAAUGGGGUUCAUAUGUCACGUUGAUUCUAGUGGACCGCAGACGUCGAAGACGCAGCGAUACAGACCUUCCUCUCACCCGUUCAGUCCCUUCUUCUUGUUAUUGAUAGCUCAACUCAGGAUCAUGAACCUGUUGGGGAAGUUGUUGGUCCCUAAUCCUCCUCCUUCCUCUUCCCUCCCCCUUUACCAACCUUUUUUUUUACAUUUCUCUUGACUCUCAAUACUGCUUGUGGUUUUUGCCAUUCCUUCCUCCCACCCACCAACCCAAAUUGUUCCCUAGCAGAAGUUUAUUUCGAGCACAAAGAGAUAUUCCUAGCAUGAGUUAGCUAUUGCAGCAAGUCUAGGGGUCACAUAUCCCGGAGGAGCGAAGGUACAAAAUAUUUCUUGGUGCCUGGAAGAAAAAGAUGCUGUUUUUUUUUUUUUUUUUU